AUGUCGGGACUGCUGGCUUGUCCCUUCCGUCAAGCAUUGCGCACUUGGACCCCCACCCUCACCAUUGCGCGCGCCUCCCGCUCAGCGACUCCUCUCCGACUCGCACAACCCUCCGCACCGCGAUCCUUCACAUGCACCGCCCAGCGACCCGCCACCACCGCCAAAACGAGUUCCGCCUACGAUGACGCUCCCUCUACGCCACGCUCCACGCCACCCUCUGCCGCCUUCAAGCACCGUUCUAUACCAAAGGGCUUGAUGACUAUUGAACGCGCGCGGAAGCUGAUCAUCGGAGCCAGAUCAAAGAUUUCGCGCAUGCGCGAUCACUCCCUCGAGCGUCGAAAGGAAUUAGCAGCAAAUGUAGCAGCUAGUGAGAUUCUGGAUUGGUUCCUGGCAGAGAAGAGCAAGUACACAUCGCACAAGGACUACGACGACCGCUUCGUCGAGGCUCUCUGCUGGCAUCUGUAUGCUGAAGGCCACGAACAACGCCUGUGGGACUGGUUUGCUCAGGAGGUGCAUGAAGACCCAUCGCCGCGGACGACUCGUAUACUUGCCGGCAUCUUGGAUGCGAAGAUGUGCUGGGAUCCCGCACGCAGCGUCGAUGCAGUCAUACAAGCUCUGUUUGAAGCCGAGAGCAAAUGGGACGUGAAAUCGCCCUUGGCUUUUCACAAGAUAGAACAGAGAGCCCUGUUCCGGACAGAAGCUCGAUUGUGCUCUGAGCAGCUGUACGAUCGCUUCAGCGAAAUGGAGUUGGGGAAGUACUUCAAUGGUAGCUACGCCGACAGGCGCGAGUUCAAGAAGGCGCUGCUGGACCUGUAUCAUCCAUCCAAACCGAGCGCGGAUGUCUUAGUAGAUGUGUGGCGCAAAAGAGAACAACAUGCAAAUAAGUCGUCCUGGAUCCCGGGUCUAGCCCCAACGAACGCCGGCUUCCAGCAUGUGGGCCUACGUAGGAAGGUUCGAUUCCUGACGCGUGCGAGCUACAUUCUUCGUUUACAGGGCAAGGACCAGGAUGCCGAAUGGUUGGAGGGAAAGAUACGAGCCGACGAGGGGCUGUCUUGGUUGAAGGGGAUGCGGCUGCAACUUCUUGACGACCCUAGAAUGGAUGGACUACGACAGCAAAACCCUACGAAGGCGGAAUCCAUCGCCGAAGCAGUAAGGGGGGUCCCCGAAGCAGAGGCGUAG